CUCACGCCAGACUCAUGUUCAGAGAGACGGUGAGCGUGGAGGACGCCAUCACUGCUGUCUCUGUCAUGGAGUGCUCCAUGCAGGGAGGGGCUCUGCUGGGAAACGUCAACGCUCUGCUCACCUCGUUCCCCGCUGACCCGGUCCAGCAGUACCAGAGCCAGUGUCAGAUCCUGCUGGAGGGACUGCAGCUGCCUGAGCUUCUGCAGCAGGAGCUGCUCAGACUGGACAG